AUGCUACAGACUCCAGUUCUUUAGUAAUCUCAUCAUAACAAUAAUUCUAGCAGUAUAAAUCGCAUGCAGCACUCUUAAAGCGCUAUCUAAUUAGCAAAUGGAGAAUAUCAUACAUAAUAAAACCAUAGAAGCAGGUUGUCUAUGGAUCACAAGUCAGGUGCAUCUUCAAUUAUUGAGAAAGAAUUCUCAUUUGCUAAUACUUAAUUUGAUAAUUAUGGUACAAAUCCAGGUUAAAAUGGAGCAGGGAACUAAAUAGAGCAAUAGUAAUUAAGCUCUAAACGAGUAGAAACAUCUCCAGGGUAAAAAAGCAAAUAAAAAGGGGAAAAUAAAAAGUUAUCAGCCAGAUCUAGGAUGUUUGAGGGAUAAAUGUCUGCUAGAAUGAAUAGAUCACCUGAUAAAACCUCUCAUUUGAAUAAAGUGUAUAAUUCACCUAAAAAUGAGAAAGCUGCAUAGCCCUCAAACAAAAUUAACUUUAUUUCUUAGCCAAGCAAAAUAGGUUCAAGAAGAAUCACCUAGAGUAGAGUUUAAUCCUCACUAAACUUAGAAAACUCCUCACAAGCUAAUUUAUCAGGAAUAAGCAAUGUAUUGAGCUCGCACUAAACUAGUGGUUCAAAUAUAAUUGAGCGCACAAGUGGUACAAAAUCUUCAUGCCGCUAAGUUUAUGUAAAUCUUAAGAAUUAAACAUCUCUUCAAGCAUAAUCAUAAUAUCAAAGUCAAUAACAUUCGAAUUCAUCAACUUAGAGAUCGUUGAAUAAUAAAAUGUUUAAGACAGCAAGGGAUUAGGCUAUGGCUUAGAUUAAAAAGCCUACAACUCAUGAGAAUGACAUCAAUAGAAGUCAUUUUAGCGGCUCAUAAUAAUCUGCAUAGGAUAAAAAUAUAUCUUCGACAAGAUUCCCUAUAAAAUCCCCUCGACCCUUCUUAGCAAACUCUGCUCUAAUGUCUCCAAAAGCUGCAACUCAUUAGAACAGAUAGAGUCAUAUUAGCAUGAGAAAUUAAGGAUCAUAAAAUAAAAGUUAAUUAAUAUCUCAAGAAUCAGAGAAAAAAAUACUCAAUUAAAGCUUAGUCUAGAAUUAACCUUAAUUAGAUGAAAAUAUUAUAAUCAGUAGUAACAACUACUAAUUUAAUAUAAAUACAAGAAAUAACUAAGUUGAGUCAGUUGAAAAAGAAAACACUCUAUCCGAGAUGAAAUCAUUCGAAAAUAUUAGAGAUUCCAUGAUGUUCUCAAUGGCACAAAAUUAGAGAAUUAAAGAAGAGGAUACAUAGAAUAUUUGUUUAAAGGAAAAAUAUGAAAUGGGCGACUUAAUAAAUAUCAGUAAGAUCCAUAACGAUGGUGAAGAAAGUGUAUUCUUGAAACUUGAAGAGUCUACUCUGAACUGUAACUAUAAUAUCUGCUCAAGCAAUGUAUCUCAUAUUAAUAACAUCCAAAAUCAUGUAUAUAGUGGCUAUCAUGAUGAAUAUAGCUAGAUGCAUCAAUCAAAUUUAAGCAUUAAUCAAGGUCAUGGAUCUACAAAACAAAGAAGAAAAAGAAAAGAAAGGUUAGGCUAAGAUGCCCUAAAUAAUGUUUUAACUACACAGAGUGACAAAGAAGGCACUCAAGAAUUUAAAUUAAAAUAAAGUGAUAAUUUCUACAAUGAUGAUUGUGUGUCUGGUAGUGAUAACAGAGUAUUUACUAAUUUCUCAUCAAAUAAUGAGGUAGAUACCAAUGAGGAAAGUCCAGCUGAUAAUUCUCUCAAUACAACCUAAGAGAUACCUUUACCUUAAUAAGCCCCUCCAAAACCUGAACCUAUAACCCAAAAUCUGGAAAAUAAUCGGGACAUAACUCUUGUAAAAAAAUGUAGUCAAAACUCAACUGUAAAAAAGGGUAAUGUAAUCCUAGAUGAAUCUCAAUUUAGUAAAAGUUCUUCUUAACGAGAUAAUUCUUAAUCUUCUAUUCUUAAAACACCAAGAUUGAUAAAUAAGAGUAAUCAAUAUAGGCAAAAGAAUCUUUCAACAUAAACUAAAUAGCAAAUGCCAAAUCAAAAGCAAUCUUUUACUAAUUCUCCUAAGCUUAGUUCUGCUAUUAAGAAUACAACAAUCACAAUCAUUAACAGUAAUAACAAUAUGCCAUUGCAAUUGACUAAUAUAAUUAAUUAAGGAAAGGAAAAAAUUGUAAAGAAAAAAGAAAUCUGCAUGAGAGAUCUUGAUGAAACUGAAACCUAUUUGAGGUUGGAGGAGCAAGUUAGAGAUUAAAUCAAGAAAUAAUAGCUAGAAAAGCAGGAGUCAUAAACUAGUUUUACUAGAGACUCAAUUAAUUCGAGCGCAAAUAAAAUAGAAAAAACUAAGAGAACUGUCCCUGCAAGAUAAAAGACUCCAGUAAAGCAAAUUUCAUUAGUUACAUCACCAUCAUCAAAUAGAUUAAAGAGGAACAGCACUAAUUUUAUGAAUCUCUCUUCAAGAUAAGAUAGUUUAAAUCUCAAAGCAAUAAGACAGCUAGAGAAUACGGCUGCCACAAAAAUACAGAGAUUUAUAAGAAGAAGAAAUAGUAGAGUGAUUAGGCCAUUAAGAGAGGGUAAGAAUACACAAGUUCAAACUGAGAUCUAAAAAUUAUCAGUCGAUUAAGCAAAAAGCAAAAUUAUGUAUGCGUGGAUCUUAAUGAAUAUGGCUUCUGCCAUUCAUAAAUAGAAACAACAAAGAAAUCAAUAACUCUCAGAUACUAUAUCUAUCUCUACAUUUAGAUCGAAGAGUAAUAGAAGGAAAUACUACAGAGGUGAUGGAAACAAGGGUAUUUAUGAGUCAAUAGAUUGUAGGAGUUAAGAAGAUUAUGUAAAGAGACUUGAACAGGAGUUAUAUGCUUCCUUAAUGAACAGCAUUUAAAACAAUGACAAUGAUAAGCUUAGACUAGAUAAGUGA